GUAUAUUGAAGAGGAACAGAUUUUAGUGCGGAACGUUGUUCUGGGUUUCGGUUCCCCCCCGGAAGCCGAAACCGGCGAAUGCUAAAGCCGCCGUGUAGCAAAAGGGGCUCAGCCGGUUUGCUGUCACCUCAGUUUCCCGUCAAGGGAAAACGGGAGUUCAACUCGCUGUCACGGGGAGCUGCAUGACAUCAUCCGCGCUGCUGCCGCGCGACCGAAUCGGCGACACUUCACGCGACCGGUGCCGGAGAAAAUGAGAGGAGGGCUGUUGUUAUUGUGACUAAGCUCUGCGUUGCCAUGGAGAAGCCGUGGAGGUUGUGGGGCGCGGUGGAGCGUUGUACCCUCACUUUAGUCUCCUGGUCUUGGGGCGCCUGCCGCGUGUCCCUCCUGGCUCUGAUCCUAACCUUCCACCUGUACGGGGGUUUCAUCCUCCUGGCUCUCAUCCUGGCCUCCGUGGCAGGCAUCCUUUACAAAUUCCAGGACGCGCUCCUCUACUUCCCCGACCAGCCGCCGUCGUCACGCCUCUACGUUCCCGUCCCGACGGGAAUCCCGCACGAGAACGUGUACAUUCGCACGAAGGACGGGGUGAAGCUGAACCUCAUCCUGCUGCGCUACACGGGCGGGGACUCGCCUCCCGGGGUCUCGGCCGCCAAUCAGAGCGGCCCGGCGUCCUCCGCGCCGCCCACCAUUCUCUACUUCCACGGCAACGCGGGCAAUAUCGGUCACAGGGUGCCCAACGCGCUGCUGAUGCUGGUCAACCUGAAGGCCAACGUGGUGCUCGUGGACUACCGCGGCUACGGGAAGAGCGACGGCGAGCCCGGCGAGGAGGGCCUGUACCUGGACGCCGAGGCCACGCUGGACUACGUGAUGACCCGGCCCGAUUUGGACAAGACCAAGGUGAUACUGUUCGGCCGCUCGCUGGGGGGCGCCGUGGUCAUCCGCUUGGCGUCGGCCAACCCGCACCGCGUGGCGGCCAUCGUGGUGGAGAACACCUUCCUCAGCAUCCCGCACAUGGCGGCGACGCUCUUCUCCUUCCUCCCCAUGCGCCUGCUGCCCCUGUGGUGCUACAGGAACCAGUUCCUGUCCUACAGGCAGGUGGCCCAGUGCCGCAUGCCCUCGCUGUUCGUCUCGGGCCUGUCGGACCAGCUGAUACCCCCGGUCAUGAUGAAGCAGCUCUACGAGAUGUCGCCGUCGCGGACUAAACGCCUGGCCAUCUUCCCCGAGGGCACGCACAACGACACGUGGCAGUGCCAGGGCUACUUUGCCGCUUUGGAGCAGUUCAUUAACGAGCUGCUCAAAAGCCACGCCCACGAGGAGAGCGUGCAGACGUCUUCGAGCGUGACCAUCAUCUGAGCGAACCUUUUUUACUUUUUCCUCUUUAUUUAAUUUCACUCACCGAUGUGGAGGUGACUUUUGUUCAGGGAGCGGCGAACGUUACUCAUUUUCAUUUUUUUCAGCCAUGAAUGCAUGCAUUUGUGACAUUACAGUGCUUCCCCAACCUUUUUUUUUUUUUUUUUAAUCGUCAGAAAAAAAUUAUUGGACAGCACCAACAAAAUUGUCACAAAAAUUUGAUAGUCUGAUUUAAUUAUAUACCUUCUGCCAUUUUGUGGAAGAGUGUUUAAUUGUUAUUAAUAAACCUUGCUGGCAUAGAUAGUGGGAUUUGAAAUUGAAUAAUUUCCAGCGAUGCCAAAUGUUCUUUCAUAACGCAGUUUGGGAAUCACUGUCUUCAUAAAUGGGGUCAUUCGUGAAAGACGACGCUUCCUGUUAUGUCUUACAGCUACUGCCAUAAUCUGGCGUGUUGCGAUGACUGACCGAAACGGAUUAGCGGUGCGACAUCACAACGGCGUUUUAGUCCGAAACACAAAAUCGUGUACACCGAUGUAAAUACAACCGGAUUAUUUCAUCCGCAUCCUCGUUAUGAUCAUCUUAGUUCAUUGCCAAUGAAAACGCGGAGUAGUACUGGGGCCAAAGAGGAGGAAGUUUUUGACAACAACAAAAAAAAUACUACGUGUAGAAAGUUUACAAUUAAAAAAAAUUUUUUUCUUUGGAAGAAUGUAAAAUUUUUGUAAAAUUUUAAAACAUUUUUGGAAUGUUCUAAGAAAAAUGCUUGCCUAUAUAAUUAAUCUUUUUUGAUUGUAAUUAAAAUUAUGACUAUUUCAGAUGUUGUUUGGAUGAAAUAGUCUGAUUCUUGUACUGUAACAGUUUAUUUAAUUAUUCAGCCAUCCAUUUUCAGCUUGUGACCGUCGGUGAGGGACAGAAAGUAGAUCAAUCGUUCAAUUAAGAGCUUUGCUUUUCUCCUCGGCUCAGCUCUGCCUUCACCAAGACAAACCGAUCCUUAGUCCGGAUCACCCCAGAGACUGCGCCGAUCCGGCUGCCGAUCUCCUUCUCUGUUCUUCCCUCCCUCGUGAACAAGACACCACGAGCUAUUCGAGCUCCACCUUCUGCGGGAUCUCCUCCCUUGCCCAGAGUUUUGACUGAGGACCACCGCCUCAGAUUUGGAGGUGCUCCUCACCCUCUGCGAACCGGUCCACCGAGCGUUGGAGAUCAUGGCUUGAUGAAGCCAACAGAACCACAUCAUCCGGAAAAAACACUGGAAACUAAUCCGAUUACUGCCGGCAAUCCGGACCAAAAUCUGACACCACUUAUACAGGGAUCAAACAGCCUGUAUCAGGUGUCUGGUACGCCAUACCCCCGAUGCACCCUCCACAGGACUCCCCAAAGAACACAAUUAAAACCCCUUCUCCCAAGUUCACAAAAACCCCCAUGCACUCUUGAGGACCCUACAAUUUUAGACGGUGUAGAACUGGUCCACUGUUCCACAGCGAGGAUGAAAACUACACAGUUCUUCCUGGAUCUGAGAUUCGACUUCUCGAGAGUCCCUCCUCUCCAGAACCUCUGAAUAGUGUGCCGGAUGUUCCCAACAUACCCUCACAAUACGUUUGCAUUUUCCCCCGCCGUUGGACCCAACUCACCACCAGGUGGUGAUCGGUUGAUUGCUCCGCCCCUUUCGUCAUCCAGGUCUCCCAAGAUAUUCAGCUGCAAAUCCGAUGACAUGAUCGCAAAGUCCAUCAUCAGAUUGCGGCCUAGUGUGUCCUGGUCUCGACGGGCAUGUGGGCACCCUUUUGUUAGUAUGGACAAUCCAGAUUCAGGACUGGAGCCCAAACUGUGUUGAAGCGAGCCCAACUAUACCUGGUGAGAAUUUCCUCCCAGUUUACAAAACUGUCGGUUGAGUUGAUUGAAAACUCCAAAUAGGCAAUAAUUGAUACAGUGAGAGUUUUGGGGAUAUUAUUAUUAUUAUUUUGAAUCUGCCCUUUGUGGUAGGACGGUCAAUCAGGUGGUAAAGCGUUGGCCUCACAGUUCUUAGGUCCUGGGUUGAAUCCCAGACCUGCCUUGUGCGGAGUUUGCAUGUUCUCCCCGUUCCUGCGUGGAUUUUCUCCGGGCACUCUGCUUCCCUCCCACAUCCCAAAAACAUGCAACAUUGAUUGGACACUAAAUUUCCCCUACACGUGAUUCUGAGUGUGGCUGUUUGUCUCGAUGUGCCCUGCGAUUGGCUGGCGACCAGUUCAGGGUGUACCCCGCCUCCUGCCCAUUGACAGCUGGGAUAGGCUCCGGCACUCCCCGCGUCCCUCGUGAGGACAAGCGGUGAAGAAAAUGGAUGGAUGGAUGUACCCUUUGAUUGGCUCGUGAAGUACCCCGCCCAAAGCCUGCUGGGACAUGCUGUAGUACACCUGUGAGGAUAAGCGCUAUAGAAGAACUCCUCUGCAAAAGGUGAAAUAACAAUCUUGUUAUGCAACUUUUAAAAAGCCAACAACAUGAAAUAUAAUUUCCAUUUGAUAAAAAUGUCAGGUUAAGACUGUUCUCUUCAACAUAAUCAUAUUUUGUCUUUGAACAAUGCGACCUUUUUAAUUGAACUUUAACUUUCUUUUUUCUUUUGUCUUCUUUUUCCGCGCGGCCCUAAUACUCCUCCGUAAAAUAGCAACUCUCCUUUUUUGGAACGGAAUGAAAAAAAGAUCACCCCUUUGAGUGCCAGAAUGAAUUUUUGUUAAAGCCUAAUAAUCCUCAAAGAUUCCGGUCAUGUUUGUGAGAACUCGAUCCAUCCACGGGAAUAGCAAUAGGGAGCCGUGGUGUGCCGGAGGAGUCGUCUUUCUUGACGACUCUUCUUUAAACGCGGAGUAUUAUCUCUGACAAGAAUCUCAUCUUUUGUCAGUACUGUAUUUAUGAUCUUAGCUGGUACUGUGUUGUUCUUCACUUUCCUUUGAGGUCCUCGUCACCCUCCCGCGAUGGUGCCAAAAUGGCGCUGCUUAUUCGGAGGGGCGUCAAUGAGAUAAUUAACCUUUCACCCGACGUCUUCUGGGCGGGGUCCGGCAGAGUUUGACGAUAUAUAAACAAAAAACUGUUGUCUGCUGUCGCUUUCAAUGAAGCCAUUCGAGUACGCAGCGGAGCUCUUUAGCCAUAUUUGGUACCGUUUCGAAAGGUGACAUUUGGCAAGGAAAAGAACUUUAUGAAUGUAAUUACUAGUAUCCAGUUAUUGCUCAUUUGUUCAUCUUCCCCGUCUGUAGCGUUGAGUUUUUGUUUAGCUGCGACAUAACGAUGACAUUUGCACUUAAAGCAACUUUUUGCGUUUGUUUUCUUUCCGCCUGUUUCCACUUUGCAUUGCAGGAGUUGAGGUCACCUUUUUUGGGAGGGGGGGGGGUUGCUAUGGUUACUAUCCUUUCACAUUAAGAAUUGGGGUUGUAUCGUUUCAGCUCCAAAACCGGUCUGAAUGUUUCUUUUUUUUUUUUUUUUUUAAAGAAACGAUUGCGCCGCUACAAUUCAGCGUUCACUGAUGGAACUGUUUAUUGUGUGUUUGUGUGUGUUUCAUUCAAGAGCUGGCAUGUGAUUGUUUUUCCAACAAACUUGCACAGUGUUGACUUUUUUUCGUAUGAACACUUGACAAAGAUACAUUUCUUAAACAGACAUUUGAAUGAUUUAUCUUAAUUUUUAACCUGAAGAAGUCACCGAAUGACAAUUUUUUUUCCCCCCACUCCGUCACCAUUUCCAGGUUUUUUUAUCCACUUGGCUUUUUUUGUAAGCGCACAUUUUUCUCAUUGUGUAUUCUGUGCUGCAACACGCAUUAAAAUGGAGAACAUGAAAGAUGUA